AUGGCUGCUCCUCAAGGAUACCCUCUGCUGUGCUUGGAGAACCCUCUCCUUGACAUUCAGGCUCGCGGUGAUGCCGCUCUUCUCGAGAAGUAUGGUCUGAAAGACAAUGACGCUAUUCUCGCCGAGGAGAACCACAUGGGCCUCUACGAGGAGCUGCUCCAGCGUGACGCCAAGCUGAUCCCCGGUGGUGCUGCUCAGAACACCGCUCGUGGUGCCCAGUACAUGCUCCCCGAGAACUCGGUUUUGUAUAUCGGCUGUGUUGGCAAGGACAAGUACGGCGAAACCCUCAAGAAGACCUGUGAGGAGGCUGGUGUCCACACCGAAUACCGUGUCGACGAUGUCCAGCCCACUGGCAAGUGCGGUGUUGUCAUCACCGGCCACAACCGCAGCAUGUGCACCCACCUCGCCGCCGCCAACGAGUACAAGAUCGAGCACCUGAAGCAGCCCCAGAUCUGGUCGCUUGUGGAGAAGGCCCAGGUCUUCUACGUCGGUGGCUACCACCUGACAGUCUCUGUCCCGGCCAUCCUGGCCCUCGCGGAGGAGGCUGCCGCCAAGAACAAGGUCUUCAUGCUCUCGCUGUCUGCUCCCUUCAUCCCGCAGUUCUUCAAGGAACAGCUGGACAGCGUCCUGCCUUACACCGACUACACCUUCUGCAACGAGACCGAGGCUCGUUCCUACGCCACGAGCCACGAGUGGGGCAUUGAGGACGUCGUUGAGAUCGCCAAGAAGCUCGCGCAGCUACCCAAGAAGAACACCCAGCGCCCCAGAAUCGCUAUCGUCACCCAGGGCACUUUGCCCACUGUGGUCGGCAUUGCCUCGCCCAACGGUGAUGUGCAGGUGAAGGAGUUCAAUGUGCACGAGAUCGCCAAGGAGGCCAUUAACGACACCAACGGUGCCGGUGACGCUUUCGCCGGUGGUUUCGUCGCUGGUAUCCUCCAAGGCAAGUCUCUCGAAGACAGCAUCGACAUGGGCCAGUGGCUGGCCAGCAAGAGCAUCCAGGAGCUGGGUCCCUCGUACCCCUCCCCCAAGGUGACCUACACCCGCUCAUAA